AAAAAAAUCGUUUUCUGCAAUGAAUGUAUUAUGCCGGAAUUUACGUCAUCAUGAAAGAACUGCGUCAUUAGCCCCAGUCCCCCUCAGGAGAGAUUUUCAAAAUGGCGGUCACUUCAAGUGAUUCUUGGUACUCCGGCCUUUUAGGCCUUGCAAACGGUUUUCUGACAUCAAAACCUCCUAAAAUCAAAGAGUGUCUUCAGUGUUUGCAAGCUGUAUUUCAAUUUCAUCCGUCACCAGCGAUCCAAGCAAGAACACAUCUUCAAAUCGGUCGACUUUUGGUCAAAUACACAAAGAAUAGUGAUUUGGCGCGUUCGCAUCUCGAGAAAGCUAUUCUAUUAUCGCAGACAUUGGGUCCAGGAUUUGAAGAAAUCAACUUUGAAGGUGCAAGUUUACUCUCUCAGAUCUACAAAGACCAGGCACAGUAUCCUCUUGCCAAACAAGUACUUCGACAAGCCCUUGAAGUUAAAAGAGGUGACAAAGUUUACUACUGGCAAUUCAGGCUGUUUUUCCAGCUAGCGGAGAUAUGCGCUUGUGAUAAAGAAACCAAGGCAUCCAUAGAAGUAUUAGAGAUGGGAGAAAUGAUGGCAGAACAGUGUGGUUCUCAAUAUAUGAGAUGCCUGUUUUCUUUGAGUGAAGCUUUGAUCCUUUUUGUUGAGAAAGAUUUCACUCAUGGUGUGGCUGUUUUAUCUUCAACUGGGAUAUUUCUGGACCGAUGGCAGGUCCAAAGUUAUGAAAGAGAGUCAUUAGUCGUGUUUUAUCUUUUUCUUAAAGUGUGGCACCACUUGUCUGUUGGACAGGCAAAGACUGUGAAGCCAUAUUUGAAACAGCUACAGCAAUCAAUACAAAAACUUACCACGAUGAGCUUUGAUGAAUCUAUGUUGAAUGAUGUAGAGAAGUUCCUCUGGUUGCCAAGAGAGUACCUUUGUGUUUUAGUUUACCUGGUGACUGUGAUGCAUUCAAUGUACGCUGGUUACAUGGAUAAAGUGCUUAAAUACAGUGCUAAGGCUCUCAAUCAAAUUGACAGGUUAAAAGUGACUGCUCCUAGCAGUCUUGUGUCAUUAUUCCAGAUGAUGCUUAUUGAGCACAAUGUCUUGUGUAGAAUAGUACAAGGACAAACACCACAUGCUAUUAAAGAGAUAUCUAUCUUAUAUCAGUGCCUGAAGAAUGAGCCUACCUUAGUCCCUAAACAGAAACCAAUUCUCCACACGUUACUGGGUCUUUAUGCUAUGUCAAUGAAUCUAAUGGAGCAAGCAACUUUACAAUUUAAUACGGCAAUGAAGCUUGGUGCAAGACCAGAACUCGCUUCUUUUAUUAGUUUGAAUUUAGCUAUUAUUUACAUACGAGCUGGAGAAUCUAGACAACAUGAGUUAGCAGCUCUUGCUCAAAGAAUACAUCCAUCAAAUUUACCAACAAAUUCACACAGUUUACAAGCUGGAUAUUAUUAUAUGAGUGGACUACGGGCGUUUUUCGAGAGUAGAAUCCAAGAUGCAAAAAAAUAUUUAAGAGAAACUCUAAAAGUAUCGAAUGCCGAAGACCUCAAUCGACUAACAGCUUGUUCUCUGGUUCUUCUUGGACACACGUUUUUAGCCUCCGGUAAUCCACAGGAAGCUUUGACAAUGGUCCAACCAGCGAUGCAACUAUCGGCGAAAAUCCCUGAUAAUUACGUACAACUUUGGGCAGCUAGUCUUCUAAGAGAUGUAUUCAACAUGCUUGGGAAUCCAGUUCAAGCGAGCGAAAGCUUUCGAAGACAUCACACUGUUACAAAACAACUUAUAGAAAAUCACAUGCAGGCUCGUAAAUUACAGGAACAUUCACUUACUGAGUGGGUUGGAGUUGUUUCACCAACGAAAGUAAGAACAGAAACUCCAAGCAUCUCAAGUCAAUUGCAACCGGACGCCAAUCUUUUCCUCGCCAAUUUUUCACAAGCUGGACCAAGUGGAAUGAUGUAAAAAACAUUGUUUGAGAGCUCGAGGCAUUAAUAAGAGGAUGCGACCUUCAACGUCUAAAUAACUAGCGUGAAUGUAUCUGAGCUUGCUAUAAACAUCAGUGAAAUGGCUAGAAUGAAGGCAAACCCUUGGAAUAGAUUAAGCCAAGGCAGAGGCGGUUUCAAGACGAUAGUCGAAAUACACCUGGACUUACGUAUACUUCGUUACAUUGUCGCCGCUUCUGAGUUCAAACAAGUCUUUUAAAACAAGAGAAUUAGUUAUAAACAAACAUCAAAGGCAGCUUCAGUAAUGUCUGAGCUUAGUACUUCAUGAAAAGAUAACAUAGUAUAUCCAGUAACACGUACACCUGCCAACUACAUAUAAUCAGUAUCCACCACUCAACGAUCUGUUUUACAAGUUCCUUUAUUAUUUGGACCUUUUAUACAUGUCUCAAAGAGACCAUGGUUUUUAGUAUUGUGAAUGACAGCUGUCUAUCAUGCUAAAUAAAGACUGCAUUGUAUGCGACUGUGAAGUAUA